ACUUGAUUUAUCCUGUCUAGAUAUCUGGAAAAGUCAUCGAUAAAACAAGUGCUCUUUUUUUUCGCCUGGCGUCCCAGAAUCCUGUGCACGAAAACAUGGCUGGUUUGUUGAAGAAGACCACUGGCUUAUUGGGCCUUGCAGUUUCUCAGAAUCCACAUGAGCGCCUCAGGAUACUUUACACAAAAAUUCUAGCCUCUCUGCAGACUAUUCCUCAGGAUGCUGCCUACAGAAAGUACACAGAACAAUUCAUUACUGAAAGGCUUAAUCUGGUGACAUCGGAACCUGAUGUAGAAAAGCUUGAAAAGAAGAUUAACUCUGGGCAAAUAGAAGAGGUUAUUUUACAGGCAGAGAAUGAGCUUCAUUUAUCCAGGAAGAUGUUAGAGUGGAAACCCUGGGAGCCCUUAGUUGAAGAACCCCCUGCCAACCAAUGGAAAUGGCCAAUCUAAAUUGAACUAAAGUGAAAUGAAUAUCAAGAUCUUUCAGUACAGGAUCAUGGGGGAGUCAGAGCUUAUGCCAGCACACAACGGGCACAAGACAAGCUCAUCCAGGACAGAUGGACACAAACACAGAUGUGCAAAAACGCACACCAGGGCAAUUUUUCCAGAAGCCUUUUAACCUACUGCUA